UUCAGGAACACCCGAUUUAAAAAUCCCUCAAACCGGAUCUAAUCCGACUAUCCGAAUUUGAACAAAAGGGCGUUAGGGUUUUAGGUAGGGAGGAAGAAGAAAUCCGGAGAUUUGAUUCCAGAGAUCCCCGCAGAAGGCAUGAAUCCGCUAACACUGGUGAAACGCAUACAGAACAUAAAUUCGAGAGAGGCGACUCUUGGGAUCUCGGAGCAAGCUUCGUGGCACGCCAAGUACAAAGACUCCGCUUAUGUAUACGUCGGUGGGAUCCCAUUCGAUCUCACCGAAGGCGAUCUUCUCGCUGUUUUUGCUCAAUAUGGGGAGAUUGUUGAUGUUAAUCUUGUUAGAGACAAGGGAACUGGGAAAUCAAAAGGUUUUGCUUUUAUUGCGUAUGAGGAUCAGAGAAGUACAAUUCUUGCCGUGGUAGAUAAUUUGAAUGGAGCACAAGUUCUUGGAAGAACUAUAAGGGUUGAUCAUGUUAGUAACUACAAAAAGAAAGAAGAAGAAGAUGAAGAGACAGAACGACAGAAGAGGGAGGCCAGAGGGGUAUGCCGUGCUUUUCAGAGAGGUGAAUGUACCCGUGGGGCUGGAUGCAAAUUUUCCCAUGACGAGCAGAGAGCUGCAAACACCGGUUGGGGUUCUGAAGAUAAAAGUGCGAGGUGGGGGCAUGAAAAUUUUGAGGGUCCAAGAAAGAGUGAGAAAAAGAUUGAAGAAGGUUUUAGAUCACGGGAAAAAGACUUGAAUUCUAUAUUAAAGGGCCAGGAGAGGGCUUUGGAAAACUACCCCAGGGAGAGUGAUAGGAGGGAAGAAAAGCGAUCAGGGAGGCGCAAUGAUGAUGGCAUCGAGCCAAAGUCAGGAGAAGAUUACGAUAAGAGCGAAAAUCGUCAAAGGAGGGAGGAAAGAAGAUCGACUCAACGCAACGAUGGAGAAUUUGAGCCAAAGACCAGAGAAGAUCCUUAUAGGAGGCAGGCGAAGAGAAGGCAUGGUGAUGAUGAGUUUGAGACAAGGCGAAGAGAAGUUGAUGACAGGAAGGAAGAUAAAAGAUCAAGACGGCGUGAGUCAGAAUACUCUCUACGAGAAGACAGAGAUAAGAGAGGAGGCAAAUGGUCAGCUCACAACAGGGAUUCAUCCGCCUAUCAUCAUGGAGAGAGGAGUACUGAUCACGGCAGAUCUGAUAGAUGACAAUUCUAGCAAUAUGCUGAUUGAAUUUUUACCCUUUGAACCUUUCAGGUUUCCUGCACCUUGUUGCAACUAUGGGCAUUAAUCAUCAGCAGUGUUGCAGCAUAGUCCACUGUGUUAUGUUGAAUUGUAUCAUUCCGGAUGGAUGUUUCAGAUUGAUGAUCCCUGUUUGCCGAAGAAAAAAUAUUCAGUUUGAAUGAAGUGGCCAUUGUUGGCUGAUUUACA